UGCGUGCCGCCGUUGAUCCGGUGCUGCAGUGAGGAGGUGGUUCUCGCCCGUGUUGUGUGUGUGUGUGUGUGUGUGUGAGUGAGAGAGCGAGUGAGUGAGUGAGAGUGUGUGUGGGGGCAUUCGGCUUGUUGUUGUCGGUGACUUCCCCCUCCCCUCCGCCCCUCCCCCUCCCCGUCCCCGCUGCAGUGUCCGCUCCCUGGGCCUUAGGAAAUGAGCGAUAACGAUGACAUCGAGGUGGAGAGCGACGCUGACAAACGGGCUCAUCAUAAUGCACUGGAACGAAAACGCAGGGACCACAUCAAAGACAGCUUUCACAGUUUGCGGGACUCAGUCCCGUCACUCCAAGGAGAGAAGGCAUCCCGGGCCCAAAUCCUAGACAAAGCCACAGAGUAUAUCCAGUAUAUGCGAAGGAAAAACCACACGCACCAGCAAGAUAUCGAUGACCUCAAGCGGCAGAAUGCUCUUCUGGAGCAGCAAGUCCGUGCACUGGAGAAGGCGAGGUCGAGUGCCCAACUGCAGACCAACUACCCCUCCUCAGACAACAGCCUCUACACCAACGCCAAGGGCAGCACCAUCUCUGCCUUCGAUGGGGGCUCUGACUCCAGCUCAGAGUCAGAGCCUGAAGAGCCCCAAAGCAGGAAGAAACUCCGGAUGGAGGCCAGCUAAGCCACACAGGGCAGGCCAGCAAUAAAAACUGUCUGUCUCCUCCGUCGUCUCAUCCUCCUCUCAGUUCAUCAUUAGAACCCUCAGAACCAUUUAAAAGACUCUUUAUUUUUCUUUUUUUUUUUUAAAUUUUUAUUUUUACGUAGAAGCUCUUGGACAACAGCUCUCGUUCUCCUUCCCUAUUUCCACUAUUUUUUUUUUUAAAAUGUAUUCCCUUCAGGGAUUCCCUGUCCCCACCAGACGUUUUUAAACCAAAACACCCCAACUUGGCAGCUUUUUCUGUGGAGGACAGACGGCCGGCCGGACCUCUGAGCACAUGGUGUCCUGCCCACCCCACCAGCUCCUCCAGCCCCAAGGGGCACGUGCCUGGAGGACGCCUGCCCUGCCGGGCCUCUCCUCCCGGUCCCCCUCGCCUUUGUUUGAUAGACUUUGUGAAUCUGUGAACUGCUCUACUUUGAGAAGAUGACCAGUUUGGAGUAAUGAGAAUUACCCCCUCUCCUUCAUAAGGAUUUUUUUUCCUAAAAAGCUAUUUAUCACUCGUUGAAAGACCAGACCUUGAAGAAGUUUGUGGUAUAAAAGGAAAGUGGGGACAGAUUUGCAGAGUUCUUGGCACGUUUCACUCCCGCUUCUCUCAGCCAGCUGUUUAAGCCUGCAGUGCCAGCCUUACGGAGGGCCGAGUGACAUUUGUGGUAUGUAUGGGAGAUGGCAGCAGUGAAGCGGCAGCCACCAGAGAGUGGUAGGGGGUGGUUAUUUGGGGGUGGGACARGGAGGGAUCAUUGGGUGGGGUAGAGGUUUUGURUUGAGGGCCAGUGAUGAUGUUUUGAUAUUUAUUUCYUGCUACUGAAAUUUGAAUCUGAGUGAAUUGUCCCUAUUUCUGAUGAUGUCGGUUAUUGCAAAGCGACAGAUUCAUAAAGUAAUGAUCAACUCUUCCUUUCUUUUCGUGUGUAUUUCUAAGAAAUAGAGCCAACUGAUUUUGUAAUAUAAAUUCCAAGAGCAAUUUACCUGGUACUAAACCCGCACCCCAGUGCGGCCCCUUUCCCCACCCUCACCCCACUUCCUCCUGUUCCGGAACCUGUCUCCAUUGUGUGAUCCAGCCCUGGUUCUGGCUGUGGUCAACAGAUCCCAGUGAAGGGUUUUGUGUGUUUAGGCCUCAUUUCUUUGUCUUUUUCCCACUCUGUUCCUGGCAUUUGCUGAUCUCUGGUGUAUACUCUGUAGUMUCAGUCUGUGUUUGAUUCCAUUCCAUGGAAAUAAAAAGUAUGUUGUACAUACUGCCGAUGAAUUGUCUUGCAAGUUAAGGCUUCCCCCUUUACUAUAAGACUAUAAAUAAAAACUUAUUUUAUCCUU